UCUAUAAUUAGCGACCCUGCGGUUCCUAACCUCCUUCUUCUUCUUCUUCCCCUUCUUCAUUCCCCCCUUCCCCAGCAGCUUCAUUUGUCAUCCCCCUCUUCCCCCUUCUCGCUCGCUCGCUUUCCCAAAUUACUCCAGCUGGUUCGUCUUCCCUGGCGGAGCAGCAGGAGCUCUUCAGAUCCAGUACACAAGCACAGGUUCAUCACCACAAACUCAUGAAUUCUGGUAGUAGGCUUUAAUUUGUACUUAUUUCUAGUAUUCAUGUGUCUGUCCUUCGUGUCUAUAGUUACAUGUAAUGGUAGUCUUAGCUAGAUCUCGAUCCUUCUUGAGGUGUGGUGUAGCCUGUAGGCUUACAUCUCCUUCAAUCUCCAGAGAUCAUCAUUUCUAGCUAAAUACAAAAUCGACUACAGUUACAUAGAUCUCUGCUCAUCCCACUGAAAUAUUCCUUGUACUUGAUGGCCUUCUGUCUUCUCCAUUCUCGUUUGUUCCUCUCCCUUUGGUUCCCAAAGUUCUAAUGGCAUGGGGAACCACGUGUAGGGCGUAGAGCACAGCCCUCUAUAUAUGCUUAGUACAAGCACCAAAUCCGCACCUCAAACUACUCAACGUGUACGAGCUCUGCCUCCUCGUCGCGCUUUUUUUUUUUCUAAUAAUCCCCGCCGCCGCUAGCUGCCUCCUCGCGCGCUGCUGGUUUUUGUUGCCUUCUACUACCUCGCCACGCCUGCGGCCUCGGCCCCCUACAUGAUGCAGUUCACGCAUACUGCGCCACCGCCGCCGCCUCAUGCUGCUGGAGGUCUAGGGCUAGGGCUCUUCCUUGACGUCGGCGCGCCGAGGGCGGCACGCGGCCCGUGGCCCGGCAGCUUCCCGACGCCGGCGUCCAAGAUCUCGCUCGGCAACCUCAACAGCACCAGCUGCAUGGAGCAGCUGCUGGUGCACUGCGCCAACGCCAUCGAGGCCAACGACGCCACGCUGACGCAGCAGAUCCUCUGGGUGCUCAACAACAUCGCGCCGCCCGACGGGGACUCCAACCAGCGCCUCACGGCGGCCUUCCUCUGCGCGCUCGUCGCGCGCGCGUCCAGGACCGGCGCCUGCAAGGCCGUCACCGCCGCCGUCGCCGCCGCCGUCGAGUCGGCCGCGCUCCACGUGCACCGCUUCACGGCCGUCGAGCUCGCCAGCUUCGUCGACCUCACGCCAUGGCACCGCUUCGGCUACACGGCCGCCAACGCCGCCAUCCUCGAGGCCGUCGAGGGCUUCCCCGUCGUGCACGUCGUCGAGCUCGGCACCACGCACUGCAUGCAGAUCCCCACGCUCAUCGACAUGCUCGCCAGCCGCGCCGAGGGGCCACCGAUCCUCCGGCUCACGGUCGCCGACGUCGCGCCCAGCGCGCCGCCGCCAGCGCUCGACAUGUCCUACGAGGAGCUCGGCGCGAAGCUGGUCAACUUCGCGCGAUCGCGCAACAUGUCCAUGGACUUCCGGGUGGUGCCCACCUCGCCGGCCGACGCCCUCACGUCCCUGGUGGACCAGCUCAGGGUGCAGCAGCUGGUCCUGGACGGGACGGAGGCGCUCGUCGUCAACUGCCACAUGCUGCUGCACACGGUGCCGGACGAGACGGCGGGGUCUGUGAGCCUGACGCAGCCGGUGUCGCUGCGGACCAUGCUCCUCAAGUCCCUCCGGACGCUGGACCCCAACCUGGUGGUGGUGGUGGAGGAGGACGCGGACUUCACGGCGGGCGACGUGGUGGGGAGGCUCCGCGCGGCGUUCAACUUCCUCUGGAUCCCGUACGACGCCGUGGACACGUUCCUGCCCAAGGGGAGCGAGCAGCGGCGGUGGUACGAGGCGGAGAUCGGGUGGAAGGUGGAGAACGUGCUGGCGCAGGAGGGCGUGGAGCGGGUGGAGCGGCAGGAGGACAGGGGGAGGUGGGGGCAGAGAAUGCGCAGCGCGGGGUUCCGGGCGGUGGCGUUCGGCGAGGAGGCCGCCGGGGAGGUGAAGGCGAUGCUGAACGAGCACGCGGCGGGGUGGGGGAUGAAGCGGGAGGACGACGACCUGGUGCUCACGUGGAAGGGCCACAACGUCGUGUUCGCGUCGGCGUGGGCGCCCUCGCCGUCGUGAGUUUUAUCGACCGGGUGUGGAUGGUGGCAUAUGCAGUGCAGUUUCAGAAGGUGAGUAGGCAUGUAUGUGUGAUCUUCCAUGACAUGGGAUUAGGGUUUGUGUUUGUGUGUUUGUGUGCAUGAUAUCAAAGAUUAUCUUGUUAUAAAUUGGGUUUACUAGCUGAUUCAUUACUUAGUAGCUAGCUAGAUUGAUGAUGAUCAGUUUGAUCUGCAAUGACUCACACUCUCUCAUGCAAUCUUUCGAUCUGCCUGAUUCAAAA